AUGGAAGACGCCAAGGCCCCCUUCGCCUCCUCCCCGAAAACCUCCUGGAAGCGGUGUUUGAACAUUUUGGGUGCCUACCAGUAUGUGAUAACCUUCCUCUUCAUGGGACCAUUCUUCACUUUCCUCACCAUCUUCCUCCUCUUCACACCACUCUGGUCGCUGUCUGUGCUCUAUGGGGUCUGGCUGAUCAUUGACUGGGACACACCCCAGCGAGGUGGCCGGAGCUUCAAAUGGAUUAGGAAAUGUGUCAUUUGGAACUACAUGAGGGAUUAUUACCCCGUCAAGCUGAUCAAGACAGCCGAGCUGCCUCCUGACCGGAACUAUGUGCUGGGCGCUCAUCCUCAUGGCAUCAUGUGCAUGGGACCCGGCUGCAACUUCGCCAUUGGGGGCACAAACACCUUUGAGAUCUUCCCGGGGUUGCGUUUGAAUGUAGGUACCCUGGUCAACCUCUUCAACCUGCCAGUCUAUCGAGAUUACAUCAUGGCCCUAGGCCUGUGCCCCGUGAGCCGCCAGAGCCUGGAUUACCUGCUGUCAAGUCGCCCCUCGGGGCAGGCCGUGAUCAUCAUGGUGGGGGGCGCCCAGGAGGCAUUGAACGCCAUCCCUGGGGUGCACCGUCUGACCCUGCGCAACCGCAAAGGCUUUGUGCGCCUGGCACUGAGGCAUGGGGCCUCCCUGGUGCCUGUGUACUCGUUCGGGGAGAACGAUAUCUUCAGGGUCAAGAGCUUCGAGGAGGGCACCUGGCAGUAUGUAGUGCAGGUCACCUUCAAGAAGAUUGCAGGCUUCUCCCCAUGCAUCUUCUGGGGGCGCAGCCUCUUCUCCCAGAAUUUUUGGGGCCUGCUGCCCCUGCCCAAGCCCAUCACCACUGUGGUGGGCCGCCCUAUCCCGGUCCCCCAAGUGUUCCAGCCCUCCGAGGACCAGGUGAACCACUACCACCAGCUCUACAUGCAGGAGCUGCAGCAGCUGUUUGAGGGGCACAAGGCCAGAUGUGGGGUGCCUGCCUCUGUACAUCUCACCUUAGUCUAG